AUGGCCUCCCUGGGAGGACCGACUGUAGAUUGCACCCCUCUCCUGGAGAGGUUAGAGGGCUAUAGCGCCCGACUUUCUCUCUCUGGUAUGACUUGGGCCCAUAAUAAUUGGCACGAUCCACAAGCGGUAGCCGACAGAAUUUCCAGCUUGGCUAAUGAACGAAAACUGAAACAAGGGAAGGGGAAGGCAGUAGUUUGUGCGGUUUUAGGAGCAGCUCUGGUGGCAGCACAACGGAAUAAACACAUGGCCCAACACGUGGAAGGGGAGACAAUAAAAUCCCUUCAAGAUCUGGUGGGGGCUCUGCAGGAGCAAUUAGGAAAUGAGACAAGACAUCUCUCUGACCAGCUUACCGCCGAGCGGGUGACUAACCAACGGCUACACACCGCUUUGACGGAAGCUUUGGAGCGGGAGCGAAUAUUGCGGGAACAAUUAGAUGAAAUCCGCUCCCCAAUUGGAGCUGUAAUGCGACCUUUGAUUAAAACUGAGACUGUGGAUGGUGGUCAAGGAGGGCCCCAACAAGUUACCACUCGUAUCAUUCCCUAUUCUCCCACUGAUUUGGGUAAAAUUCAGGAGAAAUAUUCCCGGGGCCCCCGAGAAACUGAAACUGAGUAUGUGUGGAGAGUGUCUCUUACCGGGGGUGACCGUAUCUUGCUGAGUGAGGACGAGGCGAGAGGAUAUUGGGGUCCGGGAGUUUCUCUAACCACAAAUGACAAUAGAGAACCUUUGUCCUUGACCCAAAGAGUGGCAUACUGGGCGGGUGGAUUGGAUCCCAUGGAAAGGGGAGACCCCUUCUCGAUUAAAACGCCUACGGCGGGGCACAUUUUAGAGAGUGUACAGAAAACUGCGUGUCUCCAGUUGAUGCAUGACCGGUUAUUGGUUCCGCAACAGCCCUCCCCCAUGCAAUACGUGGCAGACCCCGACAGGUUGCAUCCCCUUCUAAGAGGAUUACCUGAUGCUUUGAAAUUAUAUGCGGUGCAACUACAAGAUCGGUUGAGGGCGCCCCGACCCCAGAGGAGGGGAGGCCCCCCGGAGACGACAUGGGGAGGGGUGGCACAAGAAUUGAUUAAUUACGGGAGACGGAUGGGAUUUACCGGCCAGGGAGAGACAAAAUCCAAGGCGGACCUUAGGAGGGUGGAAGGUAAUGGGCGAAUAAAAGCUGCACCCCCGAGGCCGACGCGGCCCCGAUAG